GCGGCUAAACGUUCUUUUGGUCCUACGGGUCGAGUGGGAAAGUCGACUAGGGUUAAGCCGUCACGGUCGAAGACGAUGGAGGGUAAGGUGAAGGGAAAGAUGCAUGGGAAGACGCAGAGUCCACCACCGUCUCCUACGGAGUGACCCCCUGAUCAGCCCUAUCGUUACCUUGGUUGUGAGCCCCGAGGAGCGUCUGUUCGUGGCUCACGAAGACAUCCUUUCUAGGGCUCCCUUCUUCGGUGCGCUGCUCAAGGACCAGUUCGCAAAGGACAACACCAACAAGGUGGUGAUCUUACCAGAGGAGGAGCCCGAGAUCCUGUCUUGCAUCCUCGAGUUCCUAUACAAAGGGGACUACUUCCCCCGUCUCCUGCGCAACAAAACCCAAGAUGGGUGGGAACUCGAGAACGCCCAGCAAGACCCCACCGUGCCCCCCGGCUACGGCAGCCGCGGAUCUAGCGAAGCGACCAUCACGCUCUCCGCCACAAAGGAGGUCGUCCUCCGCGACACGGCGGUCUACUGCGCGGCAGAAAGGUACGGCAUGGAGGACCUCAAGCGUCUUGCGCUUCGCAAGCAAGGCCUCCAGACCGGCCUACCCGUCGGCGUGAUCCUGCAAUCUGCGCGCUAUGCCUACGACAACACGCCGGACACGGAGUACCAGCUGCGGGCGCGGUACUUGGCUAUGAUUAUUCGAACUCGCCAGAUCUUCAAGACCAGUGGAACCAUGCAGUUUGAGAUGGAAAUGGGGCACAGGUUCUUCUUUGACUUGUUUGUGGCUAUGUGUAACCAUAUGGAUGAUAUGGAGCAGUCUCCUAUGGACUAAUCCCCGAUUCUCCAAGUCGCACAACCGGCCACAACAAAGACACCCCAGACCUACCUACCCAUUUUCGCAAAGUCUCAACUAAAACGCAAAAAAAAACCAAAAAAGGACAAAAGAAAAGAACAAAAAAAAGUCUCGCAACCCAAACAAACCAAAGCAGCCACGCGCCAUGCCAUACAUGCCAUACCAUGCCAAAUCCCAGAAUGCCAGUCAAACAUGGUAACGAAUGAUGAAUGACCUCUUGUCACUUCUUGUCAAUCCUUUGUUAAUAAUACUGCAUUCGCUUCGAGGUUGGCCGAAACUACCUUUUUAAUGAAGCCAUGCGCCUGCUAUUUGUUGCUCCAAGCGAAUGAUUCUUUUUUAUAUAUUUUUCUUUUCGUCGCAAGUCAAACUGCUGUCGCUCCUUGAUCUGACUGGUUUUUAUGUAUCUAUCUGUUCUUUUCUGCUUUUCUGCGUG